UACCAGCUCGGGGCGCAGACAGGAACAGCUGAAAAAGAAAAACAAAGCAGUGGACGACGACGGCAAAAACAACAGAUGUGCGUCUAAAAUAUACCUAAAUCGUCGGUGACAUUAUCGCUGGUGCGGACAUUUCGCGCCACUGGACAAAAUUAAGAAGCCUCUGGCCACUCGACCCCAGAGAUCCGACGAUGGGACGCAUCUUCUUGGACCACAUUGGCGGAACUCGCCUCUUCUCCUGCGCCAACUGUGACACCAUCCUAACGAACCGGUCCGAGCUCAUCUCAACUCGCUUCACGGGCGCCACGGGCCGAGCCUUCCUCUUCAACAAGGUGGUGAACCUCCAGUACAGCGAGGUGCAGGACCGAGUGAUGCUGACCGGCAGACACAUGGUGAGGGACGUCAGCUGCAAGAACUGCAACAGCAAGUUGGGUUGGAUCUACGAGUUUGCGACGGAGGACAGUCAGCGCUACAAAGAGGGGCGCGUCAUCCUGGAGAGGGCGCUGGUCAGGGAGAGCGAGGGCUUCGAGGAGCACGUCCCCUCAGACAACUCGUGAGCCCCUCGCCCCGGAUCACAUAGACGCUCGUUUCCCCCUCCCCUUUACCCCCCGACCCCCAAAGCAAAGUUUGGGGCUUCCACCGCGCCCUCCCACCACACCGGUUCCCUGUCUCCAGCCUAUGACCUUAGACCUCUGCCGAUGACAAUAGUGGUUUGUUGGCUCUACUUUUGCAGAAUAGGCUUCCUAAAAUCACUUCAUUUAUGUCACAGGGCAAAACUCCCCAAAACAGCGGCGACGCCGCCUCUGCAACUACACACCUCUCGCUGAAUUUCCACCACAUCACAAGGCAUGCGCCACACUUUUUCUUUUAAUGUGGUUAUCAAAGACGUGCGUGAUAAUAGACAAAGUCACACAAAAUAGACAUCACUUUGUUUUUGUUUUUUUACAUAACUAGAGGCAGUAGAGCUGGGAUUGACAUUUCAAGAGGACACAAAGGGGCGUUAAAGGCGACGAUCCGAACAGCACAAAGUUGUACAAUUCAUCCAAAAAUCAAUUCAGUUACCCACCCCCCCCCCCCUCUCCGUCCGUUACCGUGGAUUUUGUGCCUGCGUGAAGGCCAACGUGUCAUUUUCGGUGACUUGUGAAGAACAUGUACCUUCCAGCCAUGUGUCUUUACGUGUGACGGAGGACGAGUGGCCCUUGAGACGUCAUGGAGACAUUCUCUGGCCGGCUGCCACUUUAAGGACGUGAUUGUGAAAGGAUUGGUCACAGAAGCGCUUGAAGGGGGUCAGUACUGGGAGGAAAUAUGAGACAAGUUUAUGGACUGUCUCUGGAAAAAUAUCAUAGCAAUCAGCACAUUACAAUGCUGGACACAACAGAUCGGACAUGUUUAAAUCAAGCCUUCGGUUGACUGUACUCCAUUUAUUUAAACUGUCUUCAUUGCUUUCGGGGUAGUGACCCAUCCAUCUUUUAUAGGCCUCGGCUUUGGGCACAUUUAGUCAUAAGAUGACAUGUUUCUUACAACAUAAAACCAGGAAAGCUUUAAUGGAGUUCAUUAAAGUUGACUCUUUGUCCUUCGACUAUGCCAGAGACCCCAUUUUUUUAUCAUCAGUGUCCUUUGGGGAUUUCAAUGAAAAUGUCAAAUUUUAACAGAAAAGCAAGAAACAUCUCAACGUCCCUGACAUUUAAGGUUAUUUUUGGAGAUGGUUAUAGUGUGGCGGCAGCGCGCAUGCCCGCGGGGGUUACCGGCAUGGUCCCAAAAAAGGAGAACAAAUAGGACAGGACAUGGAGGAGUGUCCAUAACCCCGAGUCCGUGCAGUGUAAAGCUCAAGGCCGUGACGGGAUAUUGUCAUUAUCAUGUUAUGGUUCAUUUUUACCAUUACCAUUUUAGUGAUGGAACAUUGUUUUUAUUUGAACUAUAUGAUUAUUUUAUUGACUGAUUCUUUCAUCUUGUGUAUUUUUGGUUGUGGAGGAUUUAGAGGAAAAAAAAAGGUUUGUUCUUGAAUGGCUACUGCCAGUUUUUCUUUGAUGUGACUUCUAAAUAAACAUGUAGUCUUGCUGAGUUCA